UUCAUAUGCUAGUCGGAACUAGGAAACUCGGAAUUGUCAAACUUGCUGUUUCGUUGAACGCAGCACGUGUAUAGCUACAAACAGUUGGCAUGUCGGAAAUGUGCGAGUUUCCUAGUUCGGACUAGUGCGGCAUCAUACUGUAGAGGCGUGAAUUGUCAGAGCUGUCCCACUGGAUACAGACGGCAAUUCAACGUCUAUUCCACGUUGGUUGUUGUGGAAACAACGUAACUUCAAACCGUAUGCCCAGUGGGGUGCGUCUUUGCAUAAACUAGCUAAAUGGAGAGAAAACAAAUAAAAGUUAGCCAAAGUGUAAUGAUUUUGAUCUAAUAAUUAUUUUGUGAACACUCACUACAAUAAAAGCAUCGAGUGACAAAUAAACCUAUUUGAGUCGGAUAUUCACACUUUGAACUUUCUAAUAUGCUCGGCAGGAAUGCUCAUGUUUACGUUAGCAUAUCCGUCUGCCCAUGUCCGGAAGGGGUCAUUCUUCCGUCUUGUUCCGCUUGGAUAAUGCGGGAAGUGAGUGAUUGACAAUGCAGAUGUUCUGUCCAUAAACUUAAUCUUGUAUGCAUACGUCGGUGAUUCCAGAUAAUCUGACUGGAAUUUCUUAGUUUCUUUAACAUCUACAGCUGUCUUGCAUGCGGAGUAUCCCCUCCGGUCUGUCCAGUAUCCACAUCUCCUUCUCCAAAUCAGAGCAAUUCGUUUCUAAAUAGCCAGGGAUAGGCUACAGUAUGUAAAGAGGUAAGAUGGCCACCCCCUUUGUCCCAGUGCCUGUCCCCAUGGAACAGACCCCGACCUGGCCCAAGAGGACCUCCCCCCUGGGAAGUAUCUCUAGCUCUGGCUUUUCACCUCCUGGAAAGUCCCCCUGGGUGAAGGCCACUGGGUCCUGGGGGGCCACGGUGGCCUGUCCGAGCCUCCCCCAGACGUGUUCCAGCCCCGAGGGGUACAGGACAUCCAGAGGAGGGGAGCAGGGGUCGGUCCAGGAGGAUGGUACUCCAGGGGACAGUUGGGAGAGGCCCCUCACCCCUACCCUGCUGGGCUAUGAGGUCAUGGAGGAGAGGGCAAAGUUCACGGUGUAUAAGAUCUUGGUGAGAAGGAAUGAGGAAGAGAACUGGGUGAUCUUCAGAAGGUACACAGACUUCGCCAGACUCAACGAUAAGCUAAAGGAGUUAUUUCCCAGGUUCAGACUAGCCCUGCCACCCAAGCGCUGGUUCAAGGAUAACUACGACAUGGAGUUUCUGGAGGAGAGACAGUUAGGCCUACAAGCCUUCCUACAGAACCUCAUAGCACACAGGGAUAUCACCAACAGUGAAGUGGUCAGACAGUUUCUUUGUCUGGAUGACCCGCCAGGCCCCUUUGACAGCCUGGAGGAGAGCAGGGCUUUCUGUGAGACGCUGGAGGAGACCAACCACCGUCUCCAGAGGGACCUGUCGGAGAAACAGCGAGAGAUUGACUCUUUGAAAACAGCCCUGGACGAGAGACAGACCCACAUUGGGCUCCUGGAGAAGAGAGUGAAUGGUAUGUCCCCCAGCCCAGAGGGCCUUACUCCGGAGAGCAGCAGACUAUCAGCCCUAGGCAGCGAGAACAGCUCUGACACAGACACUGCCGCAGAUAGACACAGAGACACAGACGGAGAGGCGGACAUAGACACAGACAGGGGAUCAUCCACUGCAUUGGAGGCUGACCAGGAGACAUGUCCUGAAAGAAGAAGCUCAGACAUCCAAAGGCCACUCAAGGGUCACGGGGCGUACUGGUUAUCUGCAGCCAUUGAUUGUUCACCAGACGCUUUUAUAAAUUCAACAACUCCAUAGAAUGACGUGGAAUUCUGCAAUUGAUUCUGACCUGGGACCUGGAAAAGUAGAUGAUUCCAAGAUGGACUGAUGAGGAGCUACGAGUGUAUAGACUUCAUGUCCAGAUUCUUGCUUGUAGUGACUGCGUUAAUGGGUGAUUUAAGUUUUCAUAUAAGGUGUGUGUGUGUGUGUGUGUGGGGGGGGGGGUUCUGUGUGUCUAAGGAGUCCAUAAAUAUAUUGUUUAUGAAUAUUGACUUCCAACACUUGUUCUGCUCUCAUCUAAUGCCUUGGUUGUAUAAUAAUCAAGUGAAGAUAUACUGUAAUAUGUGUCUGACUGCCUUUAUCAAUGUCUUUUCUACAAAGCUAAGUACUGUAGUACUGUACUCAGGUUCGUACCUCCUCCCUGCAAAAAGCAAAACUAAUAAACUUGAUUGAUCUUAAAACGC